UGUUUUUGUGAUUUGAGGCUGUAAAAAAGAAUCUCUGGGUAGAUUUUCUUGUGGUAAAAUUUGAUUUUCUGCUUCUUUUUUUCAAGAAAAAACAAAAAGAGAAAAAAACAUUCAACGCCCCUUUCUGGGGGAGCUGUAAAACAACAAAAAACCUUAGAGGAAGAAGAAAAAAAUACCAGAAAAACCUAAAGUGAGAGUGUUGGAAAAAAUUUAAAAAAAACUUGUGCAAAUUUGUUUAAAACAAAUAGAAACAAAGCUUCUAAUACAUGUGCAUUAAAUGGAUUAUAGAAUAUUUCAUGUAUAAUUAAGAGCUUUUUCUUUUGGCAAUAAAUUGGCAAUUUCAAAGGCUUCAAUGCUUUAGAUUUAGCAUGACUACACCAGCUUUAAUAAACUGAAAAUAAAGCUGUAUAAUAAAUCUAGAAAAUAAAAUGAAUCAUUAAAGCAGUAUUUAACCCAACAACACACACACACACAAAACAACAACAUUUACCAAGAUCAUAAUCUUUUAACAUAGACUGGAACUUAACGGACUUGGACCUGGACUUGGACUCUUACACUUUCCUUUUUUUUAAAACUUAAGACUUUUGCUUUAACAUAACUUAAACUCUAUGAGACUUUUACUUAAAAACUACUCUCUUAAUGCACUGCUCUUAAUCUGUACUGCUGCUGCCACGCCUCUUUCUAACACCUCUAACAACGCAAAUAAUGUCUGAAAAGGUACGCUCUCUGCAUUUAAACUCCUCGGUGGGUUCUGGUAGUGGUGUGGGCCCCACAACCUUAAUUGGCAAUCCAACUCUUAUCUCCAGUACAUUGAGUACAAAUCACAAUUUAACACCCACUGUUGAUUUAAUAACGGCAGCUGCCUCCCACACUCACAUAACACGUGACUGCUCUUCAUCAACACCCAGCACAGCGUUAAAUACCAGCCUUAACAGUGGCAGUGAUAUGGAAUCAUCGUCUGAGUUUGCUCCUGGCACUAUAACCGCUCAAUUGCAAUUCCAAUUAAUACCCAAUGUGGUGGACAUUAAUAAUGCGACAAAUGCCGGCAGCACCACUGUUAGCAUCCUGGAUUAUAAUUCUAUAAUGAAUUCAUCACAAUUUUCGACCAUUUCUAAUGAUUCAUUGCAAGUUCAGCAGCAAGUAGGAACACAGCAGCAAUUGUCUUCAUCCUUAUCGUCGCAUGUUAAUUGUUUAAGCAGUAAUAGCAUGGCUUUGGUUAAGGCUGGCGCUGGUAAACCGGUAGUGGCUCAAAGUGUAGCUGGGAAAACGUGUCGUUUUCCAAAACUCGAAGAAUGUGCCCAUUUUCACUAUGAACGUGUCCAGUUGGGACCUCUGUCCGUACGUUUGGUCGACGACAAGUCUGAAUUAUUAAACAGCAGUAUUGCAUCUCAGUCGAUAGGCGGCGAUAUUGCGGGCACUGCAAAUUCAUCACAGGGGCCUGCUUCGCUCAGGCCCUUCUCACCCUCCUCCUGCUGGUUCAUCAUUAAAGUAUUUCCCCACAGAUCGGAUCCAUUUCUGGUGAAAAGAUCUUUUGAUAACAUGCAAAUGCUGGAUGAAAUGCUACACAGAUGUGUUUAUGAUCGUAAGAUAAGCGGCCUUAAGAAUCUAAACGAAAUGGAGUUUAAAACCGAGGAAGAUGUGGAAUAUGCUGUGGCUAAAUAUUUGGAAAGAUUCUCUAAAAUUGCCUCGGAUUCGCUGACAUGUGGCACUAUACUGACAUGGUUGCAAUUGGACAAUAAAGGCAGACGUUUACCUUUAGCUGAUGACGAUACUAUGAGGACAAUAAAUACACCAGCUGUGGGAGCGGCCUAUGGCGUGAGGCGUUAUCAGGCUCAAGCUUCGGAUGAGAUAUCGAUUGAAGUGGGUGAUAUGAUAUCGGUGAUAGAUAUGCCUUCACCAGCCGAGUCAAUAUGGUGGCGGGGCAAGAAAUCACAUUUACAAAAGUCUCACUAUGAAGUGGGUUUCUUUCCACAAUCCUGUGUAGCCACCAUAGGCGAUAAGAUACCCCGGCAUUUUCCUAUGCCUGCUCCUCUAGUUGGCCAGGUGGAGGUUUCACCCACUAAACCGGUUUUACGCAAACAUGGCAAACUAAUAGCCUUCUUUCGCUCAUUUAUUUUAUCGCGUCCCUCACGUCGCAGACUUAAACAAAGUGGCAUUUAUCGAGAACGUGUUUUCUCUUGUGAUCUCUCCGAGCAUUUACUAAAUAGUGGCCAGGAAAUACCCAUGGUUUUGAAGUGUUGUGCUGAAUUCAUAGAAGAGCAUGGCAUAGUUGAUGGCAUUUAUCGUUUGUCAGGCAUCACAUCGAAUAUACAAAAGUUGCGCAGAGCUUUUGAUGAGGAAAGAAUACCGGAUUUGGGUAAUCCUGAAAUGAAACAAGACAUACAUGCUGUUAGUUCUUUGCUGAAAAUGUAUUUCCGUGAACUGCCAAAUCCCUUGUGCACUUAUCAGUUGUAUGACAAUUUCGUGGAGGCCAUACAGGCUAAAAGUGAGAGCAACGAAAGAUUGAGAUUGAUGAAGGAGACGGUGUUGAAAUUGCCGCCACCACAUUAUAGAACUCUUAAAUAUUUAUCCGAGCAUUUGAAUAAAAUCUCCCAAUAUGCCGAUCGUACGGGCAUGACUGAUAAAAAUUUGGCCAUAGUGUGGGCUCCCAAUUUGCUGCGUUCCCCAGCCUUGGAAUCCGGUGGUGUGGCAGCUUUAAGAGGCGUGGGUGUACAGGCGGUUGUAACUGAAUAUUUAAUACGCAAUUGUCAUCAUAUAUUUGAUGCUUUGGAAGAGGCCACAGCGCGCUUAAGUUACAUAGCCACACAGGGAGCCACACCCGUUGCCUUGGCCGCCGACAAUCGCAUGGACUCUUUGACAGACUGUGAAAGUUUGUUGGUCGAACAACGGGAGCAUGAUCAAAGCCUUAUGUGCGUGGAGAGACCCAAAAGUCUAAGUGCCAGUGGCCCCAAACUUAUAAGCCUGGAAGAAGCUCAAGAAAGACACAUGCGUUACGAUGGCUUCGAUAUGAAACAUUCUAUGCCCAUUAAUAUGAUCUCCAGUGUGAAUUCUGGCCAAAAUAUAGGCUCCUACAUAGAGGUGGGCGGUGGUCCUUCCAGUUUGCCCGAUAAAUAUCACACCGUUUUGUCGGUGCCGCGCAGCUGGCAAAAACGCAAAACUCACUCUUGGAAAUCUCUGUUUUCGCGCAAUCAACGACCCGUUAGCAAUGGCGCAGCUCACGAUUUGAAGUCCUCCAUAGUGGUGGCCUCACAAAUCACCGAUGAUGACUCCUCUUCGCCACCGCCACGCCAUAAAGAAGCUACCCAGGUAACAUUUGCCGACAACGAUUCGAUUAUAGGCGUCAAUGGCAAACCCUCAAAGAGCGCUCUAAUGAAGCGUGAAGAUAAACACAAAUCGAUUGAAAUGUUUGAGACGUCACGCUCUUAUUGUGGUGAACCCAGCAAACCAAUUGAGGUGUGUGUACGCUCCAAUUCUAUAGACAGUUUGCGUACAGCCGGUCACUCUAGAUCGGUGUCACAUGAUUCAUAUUUCGAUUUGUUGCAGUCACCGCAACGGGGUCAUAUGACUACAUGUCCCUCAAGAGAACUUUCCGAACUGGGUCUUAACUUUGAUCGCGAGGAACCCGAAAUGCGCAUAUUCUCAGAAAGUGAGUCUUUAGUUAGUUCCCCGCGGGUGGGCAAAGAGAAUAUACCACCCUCUUCGUGUGCCACAUCAAGACGCAUUAUGAGAGCUCGCCCCGAAGAGUUCUCCAGUCAAACGAAUAGUGUUAAUCCCAGUCCCAAAAAGCAACCACGUCUCAAUUUGCUACUCUCACCCAGUACCGCAGCAGCUAGUCCCAGUAAUUGGUCUCAAACCUCCGCCAAUGGAGAAUGUAAUAGCGAAAAUUGCCAUGAGCACAAUGGUGAUGAGAGCUGUUGCAAACGUUAUAAACUAGAGGAUCAAUUGUCGGAUAUACAAUUUAUUGACUGUGGCACACCGGAACAUGCGGUGCCCCCCACCACACAGACUCUGUACACCAGUGUACAAGUACAUGCUCCUCCCAAACCUUCUCUGUCGAAAUCUUCACUUUAUGGUUCUUCGGAAAUCUCGUCACAAAGACAACAGCCGCAGCCAGCGCAGGAAUCUUCUAAAUCUGCAAUUUCACAUAACACAAAUUAUACAACAUCUUUGAACUCACGUUACAGUUAUCCAUCAGUGCCCUUGGGUUCGAAACGUAAGGAUCAAGAUGCCGCAAAUGCUGCUGGCAUAACAGGAACCAAAGAACGUUUUAGUUAUCCCGGCUCAAAUGUAACAGCGGAUAGACGUUUCUCCUCGAAAGAGGCCAUGAGCAAAAUGUUGAUGGAAGAAGCCCAACAGAAAAGGGAAGAGGAACAGCAGCAGCAACAUACCAGCAAACAAAGAACCGUUUCAUUUAGUGCCACCAGUCCUUCAUCUAAUAAUUCCGCCAAUAGCUCACCCAAGCCCUCAAAACAUCAUUUAACAGCCAAACCUGCUUAUGAUUUACUUAAGGUGAAAAAUCGCAAUAGUUAUUGUGCUCCGCAAGACACCAUAUUGCAGGAACAACUGCUGCGCAGUUAUUCGGGCGAUAUAACCAAAGAAAAUCUACACAAGACUAUACACAAUGAAAUGGAACAAUCAAAACUAUCGGUGACACCCUCUUCACCCAUACAAAGUCCCCGUUAUUCGCUGCUAAUGGGAGAUACAAGUUCGGAAAAUAGUUCGGCCGUGACCACGCCACAACAUGAUUUAGAACCUUUAAUGGUGAAUUCGGCCAUGUCGGGCAUUUCGGCAGCCUCCUCCAAUCAAAUGCAACAAAUGUUAUUGGGUGUGGAGACCUCAUCUUAUUUGGGCACUUCCCAUGAAUCUUUGGGAUCAAAUAUACAUGACAAACGUGAUAUGCAGGCUUUGAAACGGGAGUUAUCUUUGGAUUUAAAUACCGUGGGUGGCUCUAAACUUACUACAGCCGAAGUUAAUACACUACGCAAUCAAAAUUUGAUUUCUCCCAACUCGAAUUUCACUGACAACACCAGUCAAUCGGUAACGCCCAGUGAAUUUGGCUACCACAAUCUGCAGCGCCAACUGAGCAUGCAUUCUCUCAUUGAAACCGAAGAAAAUUCACCAGCCUAUGAAGAAUAUGAGAAUACUCCAAGUAAUCUCAGUUCUCCUUUAAAACAUAUAGCUAGUCCUAUUAAAUCUACCAUAAGUAUAACAUUUAAUUUAAAAUCUCCCACCCGGGAACCAGACACACACGAAAAGAUUAGCAAACCUUCAUUUCUAAGAGCCAAAGAAGACAAAAAAGCCAGACCUUUACUGGAGACCACAUUCGAUGAGAAUACCGUCUAUGAGCAAGUAAAAUUCUUUAGAAAUUCGGUGACCGAAGUCAAUCAACUGCUUCACGAAGAUCGCAAAUUUCUCAACAGUGAAUUGGAAAAUCUGGCCGAGAUUGAGGAACUAAGUGAGAGUGAAAGGGAAUCGGAUAAAGAGCUAAUAACACCUAUAGAAAAUGUGGAUGAUAUACAAAUGUCGGAUGAGGAGAAAUUAUUGUAUGAAAACGUAGAAAUGCGUAAACCAAAAAGUGUAUAUGAAAACAUGAUGGGCGAAAAUAUGAAGCAAAAUAAAACGGAAGAUUUCCAAGAUCCCGAAGUUGAGCUAGACAGCUUGGAUAGCAUAAAGGAUCAAGAAUCUGAAACUAUAGAGGUAUGCAAUGCAGCCAGAAGAUCUCCCUCGAAUUUCAGUGUCAAAGAGUUGGCCAAUAAAUUUGAGUCUUCGCCCGUAGAACAAAUGCCGGCAUUUGACUUCAGUGCACGCAGUUCCAUUAGGAAAUCCACACCACCACAGCCAAAUAUUAACACACAUCCCGAACGGCAUGGCAAGGUACCACAAUCAUCAUCAUCUCUAAAACAAAAGCUGAAUAAAACCCAGCAAAUAACACGUUCAUUAGAUGAAAAUGCUUUUAUCAGAGAAUUUGGCAAUAAAAACCUGCAGGAGUUGCACAUAAAAAGUUCCCAACAAUUGCCUGAACUCUCGGAACACAAUAAUAGAAGAAAAAGUUUUGAUUUCACACGACCCAAAACUCUUAAUCCUCCCAAAAGAUUGCCCGGUAUGCCCAUAACCGAAGAACAUUUUCCCUCUAAGACCACAGAAAAAUCUUUAUUAAGAAUUGAUUUGCCCAAAGAAAAGAAUUUCAAUAAUCUACUCACCUCUGCUGUGCUAGAAAAUGAUUACGACAGCAGUGAGCUGAAAAUAACACCCACAACAGAGAAUAGAAUCUCUUUAAUACAAAACAAUGUACAGCCGGAGAAUUCUCUGGAUCUAAACAACUCUAAUGCUAACAAUUCCAGCAAUAAUCCUCCUCUCAAAGUUCUGUCGGGUGUGAAACUGGACAGGGAAAGAAUUGAUCGAAUUAAGGAAGAACGUCGUCAGCAAUUGACCCAAAAAUAUCACACCGAUAGUUUCAAAUCUAAAUCAAAAUGUGAUUUAAAUUCUUCGAAAAAUGAGGAUGAGAAAUUUGUAACGGAUAAUUCAUCCUUAAGAGUUAAAUCAAAGUCACGGGCCGAUAUGCGCACCUUACAGAAAGACAUGGAUAAUCUAAAAGAGUUUGGCAGAAAUCCUCCUUCCUCGGCCGUGUCCGAAACUACACUCAAUACCCAGCAUCGUGUUAGAAGUAUUUCGGAUGAGAAAAAUCAAAAUAAUUAUGUAGAAACCAAUGCCAAUAACACUACGGCGGAGACCAAAGAUUUCAUAAAACGUUCUCCCAACUCACAGCAUUCUUUGAAUAAAGCCCUAACCCCUAUUAGUCCGGAGCAGGAAGAGUUUUCGGCUCGUGCUACGGUACAGAAAUUCGAACGUAAAAGUAUGGAUUUUGUUAAUGGUGUAAGCGGAGGUGGUGGCGGCGGCGGUAAUACUAACAGCAGGGAAAGGCCUAGACAACAGGAAUUGGGUAGUGCGACUGGCAAUACCAUGGGACUAACGACCUCAAAUACAACAACGACUUCUAGAAAUAGUUUAGCAUCAAACCGUAAAAAUACAGAAAAAAUUUCACCCCAAUUUUCUAUACGCGAUGUCACAGCCAUGUUUGAAUCUCGUUCACAAAAUCAACAAUAAUUAUUAAAUUAAUUUUAAGUAAAUUAACCAAAAUACAUAAAUAACUACAUACACAAUAUACUUAAAAUUUGAAAUUCAAUAAUAAUUAUAAAGAAUAUAUAGCGUAUUUUCAAAACUACUUACUCCUCAUAAUGUAACAACAACACAAAACAAUAAGAAAAAAACAAGGUUAAUGUAUACAAUUUUGUUAAAUUAAACAUUUAAAUAAAUUAAAAUUUUUAAUAAUUGACAUAAAACAA